CCUGCGGUAGACCUAUGAUGAACGGGCGCAUUGUGGGUGGAAAUGACGCACAGUCAGGUGAUUGGCCAUGGCAGGUCAGCCUACAGAUCAAUGGAUUCCCGUUGUGUGGUGGGUCCCUCAUCAGCGAGUCCUGGGUUCUGACAUCCGCACACUGCUUUCACAGUCCUCUGAAUGCCUCAAAGUACACCGUCUACCUUGGGCUGUACCAACUCUCCAACCUUCAGGGUGACAGCGUAGUGACCAGAGCUGUGCACAACAUCAUCUUACACCCUGAUUAUACCCCAGAUGGAUCUGGAAGGGACAUCGCGCUGGUGGAACUAGAAAAACCAGUAGAAUUUACACCCUUCAUCCUUCCCGUCUGCCUCCCAUCUCAGAAGCUCCAACUCCCAGAGGGGACCCUCUGCUGGGCAACUGGUUGGGGAAACAUUCAGGAGAAAAAUAAAUUUCCACUUCCAUCCCCUCAAACCCUACAGGAAAUGGAGGUGCCUCUGAUCAACAUUGAGAGCUGUGAGUCUAUGUAUCGGUCUGUGUAUGGCUACAAGCCCGGUGUUCAUCUGAUCCAGGAAGACAUGAUCUGUGCUGGCUACAAGGAGGGCAAGAAAGAUGCCUGCAAGGGCGACUCUGGUGGCCCUCUGGUUUGCAAUGUCAAUGGAGUCUGGUUUCAGGUUGGGAUUAUCAGUUGGGGAUUUGGCUGUGCCGAGCCAAGUCAGCCCGGAGUCUACACAAGAGUCCAGUAUUAUGAGUCCUGGCUCAGGAACUACGUGCCGCCUAUCCGGCACAAUAUAGAGAAAACGUCACAUCUGGGCAACACAACGACGCCUCCCCUCACCUCUCACUCAGAUUCCAUGAAUACCACAUCUACAUUAUCUACUCCAUACGGUAAAGAGGUGGGAAAGGUAACUUUUAAUGUAAGCCAUUCCAAACUUGAAGCAUGGGCAUCUGGUGCACCACCGCACAUUUAUGCCUUGUCCGUGGUCAACAUCAUCAUCCCCCUCGCUUUGAUGUUCCUUUCAUGA